GAGAUGUGAUGAGUUCACUUUUGCCUUUUUUUAGGAAUAAAAUUGGUGCUAAUGAAAGAAAAGGGAAGGGUCUCUCAUCUGUCCAUCUCAAGAAGCUGGACUAACAUAUGGUUCAUUUGUCAUCUGUAGCCAGCAAACGGACGUUGAAGUCAAACUUGAUCAAUCAGUCAAACUUUAUUGAUAAGGCACUUUUCAUAUUAAAAAAAACGACAAAGCGCAUUACAGUAAUAAUGACGAAAAACAGUUUAUAAAAAAAAAAAUCACGUAUAAUUACACCUUCACCAUAAUCACGUGGACACACACAAACACACACAAAUAUGUACUCUCACGUUUGCCACUUAAGUAGAGAGACAUGGCACGGUACUGAGCAACAUGGGAAACACCAACAGUGGGGCUCACACUGGGAGAAGUCAUGGGCCAGGAUAGCAAUAGUAAUAGUAAUAGUAACAUCUCUCUCCAUGCAGAGAUCUGCUCAUGUCUCCAUCAUUACUACUUCAUUGAGGAGGAAAAGACUUGGUUGGAAGCCAAGAAGCACUGUGAGCAGAACGACGCUGUCCUGGCCACCGUGAACAACCAGCAAAAUGUGACGCAGCUGCUUGAAACUGUUGGCGACGGCUUUGAGGGAAAUGUGUGGAUUGGCCUAAAUGUUACAUUUACGGAGUGGAGGUGGUCUCUGAAUAAUGGAAGUGCAACCUUCACACACUGGGGAACAGGAGAACCAAAUAACUACAAUGGUCCUGAGUUAUGUGUGUCUACUUACCAUGGUUUGUGGAAUGAUUACCCAUGCAGCAUAAAGAAUUUCUUUCUCUGCUACGACAAUUCAAACAAAAUAGGUGGAACAAACAUUUCACCUGACAGAUAUUUGUAUGUGUCAGAGUCACUGUCAUGGCACGAGGCUCAGGCGUACUGCAGGAAGCACCACACAGACUUGGCCAGUAUUCAGAGUGAAGAAGAGUAUGAAGUGGUUAAAAAUAAGGUUCCUUCAGGACAUGUGCUUGCAAUCGGCCUGCACAGAGAACUCUCGGACAACUGGUCAGAUGGCGUGCAACGCAAAUUCAGAAACUGGCUACCAGGACAUCCUUCACUUAAAUCUGGGAGCUGUGUCACGACCUUGAUCAACCGGGAAAAUCCUGGAAAGUGGAUUGAAAACUCCUGCAACAAAAAAUUCCCCUUCAUCUGCAGGAAGGAUGAAAAGCAGGUGCGACUUCACCUCAAGCUUCAGCUCAAGUCCACGGCUGACCUGAAUGAUCCUGCUGUGAAGGACGGCCUUCUGCGUCUGAUGGAGGAGAAACUGAAUUUAAACUUAAACACCACAGGCAUCAAAAUCGCCUGGAUGAAAAAGCAUGAUCAUGAAAUUUCCCACAAAGAAGAGAAAACUGACAAAAACUCCGGAGGCUCUGAAAGGACGUGCAAUAAACAACCCAACAAAUGGAAGGGAGGAUAAAUGUGCUCAUUAUAACCAGAUUAUAUUGGAUAUGGAGCCGUUAUAUAUCACCACCUGUGUGCUGUAAAUGUAGAAUAUAUCAUAGUUUUACUUUGCUUUUUUUUUCUUUGUUCUGGUGUAAAUUUAUAGCCAUACUCCAGUCUCAUCACUGAGAUCAGCCAAUCAGAUGGUUCUUGAAGUUCUUAGAUCCAGACUCAGUAAUAGAUGACUGUGCUUUUUCCGUGGCUGCAUCCAGACUGUGGAACUGUGUGUUCUUGUGACACCAUGAUAUCUGGGAUUGUUUCAAUCUGAUACACUUUUACUCUGUAGUGUUUCUCUGUAUAUUUAUUCUCAGAUUAUAUUCUGCUUUUCUCUUUCUACCUAUUUGAACUGUGAAGCAUUUUGGUCAUUCAUAGGACAGUUUGGAAACUUUUCUCCGUCCAUGAUGUCAGCCGGUAAUAAAAAUGUAAACACAUGCAAAAAACUGUCUCGUGCAGACUGUAUGUUAAACAUUUUCAUCCUCGCUUGAGUGCAUAAACCCAUAAAGUCAAAUGAGAGAUGAUCCAAGCAAAUGUUCCUUAAUGUGACGCUGCAUGAUUCUGUAAAGUCAUCAGGUUUUGCUCCAAUUCAAGCACAGAAUAACCUUUAUACCCAUAACUUCAUGUAU